AAGAACUGGUGGGAGGCAUUAUAUUGUCAAGUUUAACAUAUGUUGCUAGUUAAAAUGAAGGUGCCUGCGGAGGAAUUAAUGAGCGAUAUUUUGAAGCGUUUAACGGGAGAGUCUGCGCUGCCCGUCUACAGCAACAUUGAAAAGUUCAAACGAGCGAAGGACGGUUUGUAUUUUGUCGCCGAAGAUUUCAACGAAACUGUGAAAAAAAGAGAGCUGGUCAACGCCAAGGAGCGACUGAGAAUCAGGAACUUGAACACAAUGUUUUCCCGCUUGAAGCGCAUGGUGCCACUAAUGCGACCAGACCGAAAGCCCAGUAAAGUGGACACGCUCAAAGCUGCAACGGAAUAUAUUCGAUUGCUUGUUGCAGUUUUGCAGGACACUGACAGUCAUGAUGGCAGUGGGACUGAUUUCCUAAAGAAUGCAAUCACUUAUGGUCAGACUGAAGGCUUGGGCAAUGACCUAUGGAGAGUGGAUGAUUUGCUGAACAUGACAGACGAGCACAUUGAAGAUGGAUUCACUAUGGCUCCAGACCCGGUGACAGAGGACGGAGAAAUGACCAGACUGGUCUUGCAACAUUGUGUGAUGCCUGCGUACCAAUUCAUCAUCCAAGUAGCACCUGAUCAGACUUCGAUGUCUCAACCCUGCUGAGUGGUGUGUAGAGCGGAUGGCUUGAACCAAUAUUGGAAACCUGCCAGGGGCCUGUUGCUUUGAAGAAUGAAUUGUCUUCAAGAGAAAUCCUGUUUUAUUUGUCUUAUUUAAUUUUACUUUGGAAAUUUAAAUUUUGUUUGAGUAUAUAUAAAUGUGUUUUUAUUUUCAUUUUACAAACUGUAUCCUUGGCAGCACUUAAAUAAAUUUACAAGCCAGCUUCAGUUGUUGUAAUUUCUAUUUAAAAGUGUUUUAUGUUUUCUGCUUAAGACUAAUAUGAACCUUCUGUAUUUAACCUCAACAUGUCUAUACGAAGAUUGACGUUUGGUAAUUAUCAGAUGAAUAUUAUCAAAUAAAUUGUAGA